GUUAUACACUCUUGCUAGUUGCUUCUGCGUCUCGGCAAAGCGAGAGAAGAUCGCAGGACUAGAAGGUACUACUUGGAAGCAAUGAAAACUACAGAGUUCAUGGACAAGCAAGUCAUGGAACUUUCUGAAUCCCAAUUUGAGGAUCACUCCUUUCGUUUUCUUGAAGCCGACACUGAUGAUGAGGAAGAAGCAGUUGAUCAGUUUCGAUUACACCGUAAUCGCCAUUACGGAGCACCUCUAACAAGUUCAAGUUCUUUGGACCAGAUUGAUUCUACAAAAACCACCAACAAAAGCAAUAAUAUGUCAAUGGUUGCAGAGGUUGACCGGAUAAUGAAGGAGCUUUCUAAUAAGCUUCUACGUGCAAUUGAAGAUCUCAGUGGGAGACUUUCUCAGCUGGAGAGUAAAAUGCAUUAUCUUGAGAAUUCCAUGAACGAUUUGAAGGUUUCCAUUGAGUAUGAUCAUGGCAAGACAGAUGGAAAGCUGAGGCAACUCGAAAAUAUUCUGCGAGAGGUUCAGAAUGGUGUCCAGCUUCUUAAGGAUACACAGCAAAUUGCUGAAAUUCAAUCUCAACAAGCAAAGGUUCAAGCGCCAAGCAUCCCACAAACAGAAGGCCAAAACGUACAAGUUCCAGAGCCUCCAUCUCUACAAACAACACCCAUAGCUCCUAAACAGUCUCAACCAACACCUUUGAGUACUGAUACUCCUUUGCUUCAUGGCAUGCCAAAUGUAUCCUAUCAAAAUCAAUGCCCAGUUGCCGCACCUCCAACGCCUUCUCAAGGAUCUCCGGAUUGGCUCUCUUACAACCCACAAUAUCCUCCAUCUUACAAUCCACCUCUUAGUCAAACGUUAGGUGCAUAUCAUCAGCAGAUAAAGCCCCCAGUCCCUCCACCUACAUUACCUCAUCCAAACUAUCAAACAGCACCAGAACUUCCUCAACCACUGCAUUCAACCCACCCAUCUCUACUGAAUUAUUGUAUGCCUGAUACUCGUAAUGCUCAAACCCAUUUUCCACCGAAGAAUCACCCGGAAGAGAGGACUUAUACACCUCAUUCCUAUAACCCAACAAUCAAUGAAUCUCCCUUCAAGUAUCCCGGUGCCCAGUUUGCUCAACAUCCCUAUUCAGACUUUACCAAUCAGGUAAAACCCACCCAUCAUCCUUCAGGAAGUCAGUACUCAGAAUUUUCUGACAGGACAAAUAAGCCAUAUGGGUUUGGUAAUUAUAACGACACAAGCCCAUUCAAUGGAUCUUCUUCUCCCUAUAGCCCCACUACCAUGAAAACCUCUCAAUUCUCUUCUGCUUGGGCCCUGGAUAGGGAAAACGAAAACACUCAACUUCCCAAAGCCAAGAUCUUGUUACCACAUGCUCUUCCAACUGCUUCCUUUGUGGCCAGUACUGAACCAAGCACUGGAGGAACUGGAAACACAGCCCCUAAUGAUGAGGAUGUUGUUGAAAAGGUUACAAGCAUGGGAUUCAGGAGAGAUUUAGUAAAGGCAACAGUGAAAAAGCUUGCAGACAACGGGCAGUCUGUGGACCUCAAUGAGGUCCUUGAUAAAUUGAUGAACAAUUGAAAUAUGUAAUUUGGGGGUGUGGUUGAGUGGAAUGGACUCAUCCAUCAUCAAGGGUUAGAUCAUUGGCUUUGCGUAUGGAGCAGCUUUAAAUCUCUUACGCCAACUGUCCCACCCAUUAGAGUUGCCUACAAUUCAAUGAGGGAAUUAGCCAUUAUGCUUGACGGUGAAAACCCUCGGAAUACCCAAAAAAAAAAAAAAAAGAAAUAUGUCAUAGAAACUCAAAUAUGUUUAGUGGUAUAUAUCUGUACAUAUUGCUGGACUCCAGAACCAUAUUCGACCCUUAGUUUCUGCCUGCUUUUACAAGGGAUGAUGUGUAAAUAUGGUGGUGAUGUACACAGUAUGAUAUUUGGUCUUGCUGGUCUAUUUAAAUAAUUCAAUUUCUCAGUUAAACAAAAA